UAGGUCCCGCCCCGCUCAGGCCCCGCCCCACGGCUCCGACCCGCGUAGGUCCCGUCCCGCGUAGGCCCUGUCCCACGGCCAGGCCUGUUAAGGCCUCGCACUGGCCGGGACCUCGAGUCCCGAGUCCUGCGCGGGAACAUCGGUCCUAGCUGACAUGGUGGCGCUGGAAUUUGUAUUGUGGCUGGUGCUGCCAUUAAUCCUGCGGCCCUACACGAGUGCAGAUGCUGGUUUUCGAUUUGCUUCAUACAUCGGUAAUUACAUGGUACUGCAGAAGGAGCCUGCAGGGGCAGUGAUUUGGGGGUAUGGCAUACCUGGAGCCACAGUAACAGUGACUCUUUGCCAAGAUCAGGAAACCAUCAUGAAGAAAGUGACCUCUGUGAAAGCAUACUCCAAUAGCUGGAUGGUGAUACUGGAUCCUAUGAAGCCUGGUGGACCUUAUAAAGUCAUGGCACAACAGACUUUUGGGGGAAUGAACAUAACCCUGAGCGUUCAUGAUGUCUUAUUUGGUGAUGUCUGGCUUUGCAGUGGGCAGAGUAACAUGGAGAUGACGGUUUCACAGAUAUUUAAUGCCACACGCGAGCUGUCUAACACCGCCGCCUAUCAGUCUGUCCGCAUCUUCGUUGCGUCUCUCGUUCAAGCAGAGCAGGAGCUGGAGGACCUCGCUGAGGUUGACUUGCAGUGGUCUAAGCCCACCUCAAAAAACUUAGGCCAUGGAGAUUUCGAGUACAUGUCAGCAACAUGCUGGCUCUUUGGGCGUUACCUGUAUGACACUUUGCAGUAUCCCAUUGGGCUGGUCUCCUCCUCGUGGGGUGGGACACCCAUUGAAGCCUGGUCAUCUGUAAGGUCACUGAAAGCCUGUGGGGUCCCUAAACAAAGGUUCAUGCCAUCUGAUUAUAUAUAUGGUCCCAAUGAAUACUCUGUUCUCUGGAAUGCCAUGAUCCAUCCACUACAUAACAUGACUCUAAAAGGCGUGAUAUGGUACCAGGGGGAAUCCAAUGUCCAUUUGAACAUGGACCUGUACAAUUGCACAUUCCCUGCACUCAUUGAAGACUGGCGCCAGACCUUCCACCUUGGCUCCCAGGGGCAGACAGAGCGUCUCUUCCCAUUUGGAUUUGUCCAGCUGUCUUCAGUUUUGCCCAGUGUAGACCCAGAUGAUGGAUUUCCCCAGAUCCGUUGGCAUCAAACAGCAGACUUUGGCUAUGUCCCCAACCUAAGGAUGCCCAACACUUUCAUGGCUGUUGCUAUGGAUCUCUGUGACAGAACCUCACCUUUUGGCAGGUAUUUGUGCCUCUUGGGUGUUGUUUGAGGAGUAAUCAUGUUU